AUGGGCUUGGAAAAUACCAUUUCCCGGGAUAAAAAUUCCCCGAGCCAAGAUCGUGCAAAGGCCAUGAUCUUUUUGUACCAUCACAUCGAUGACGGACUGAAAAUGCAGUAUGUCACGUUGGUAUCCCCACUUGAAUUGUGGGAGAGAUUGAAAGAAAUAUACGAUCACUUGAGACUGACAUUGUUGCCAAGGGCACGAAGCGAAUGGCAAAACCUACGGCUUCAGGAUCCAGUCAAAGAAGAUAAUUCUGUCAUGUUUAAAAUAACAUUACAGUUGCGCCACUGUGGCGAAAAUAUAUCUGAAUCUGAUAUGAUGGAGAAAACUUUCUCCAUUUUUCAUGCCUCUAACAUGGUUUUGCAGCAGCAGUAUCGCGAAAGAGGCUUCCAGAAAUAUUCGGAGCUGAUCACCUUUUUUUUGCUGGCCGAACAAAAUAACGAAUUGCUGUUGAAAAAUCACGAAUCUCGGCCGACAGGUGCAAAUCCAUUUUCAGAGGCAAAUGCAAUACAGCCGGCAAAUCCGGUGCGUGGUCGUGGGCAAGUCAGAAAUCAGCGAAUUGAUCACGAUCAAAAUGAUAAUCGCAAACGGGGCCAGACAAACAUAUACAUUCACAAUAAUUAUCAAAACAAACCCCGAUAUGUGCCAAAUCGGUGUUAUAAUGACAGAAGGCCGUAUAGACCUCAACAGAGGUUCAACACCGGGAGAAACAGAAACAAUGACGAGGAAUGCACCCGGUGUGGAAUUAAAGGUCAUUGGGCCCAUAUUUGUCGCACAGUCAGUCAUUUGGCUGAACUGUAUCGGGCCUCAAAAGAAAUGCAGGGAAGAGUUGCUGCCGAAACAAAUCAUGCUGCCGCGAUGACACUUUUGACGAUGUUAUGA